UAAGCUGGAAUCAUAAUGAUUUUCUUAAUUCUUGGUGCUAUCAUUACUUUCGUGUACUGGUACAGUACGAGAACCUUCUCCUACUGGAGAAACAGGGGAGUGAAACAUGACCCUCCAGUACCAGGACUCGGCAACAAUGCGGACCAAGUGUUCGCCAGGAAAAGCAUGUCCCAAGUCAUCGAAGAUGUGUACUGGAGGUACCCCAACGAGAAAGUCGUCGGUUUCUACAGACUGAUCCGUCCCGAGCUGGUGAUCAGGGAUCCUGAUGUAAUAAAAAGUGUUUUUACGUCCGAUUUCCAAUAUUUCUACGCCAGAUCGCACCUUGGAUGCGAAAGCGGAGACCAGGUCGAGCCUUUGAGGAGAAACAUGUUGGUUGCAGAGGGUGACCUGUGGAAGUUGUUGAGGCAGGGUUGUUCUCCAGCGUUCACAAUAGCAAAGCUGAAGGCUAUGUUUCCUCUGAUCGUGGAGCGAGCUGAAAGGCUGCAGGAGCGGACCCUGGGGCUCGUGGAGUCCGGCGCCGCCAUCGACGCGAGAGACCUCAUGGAUCGCUUCACCAUGGACUUCAUCGGCGCCUGCGGCCUGGGAAUCGACGCCACCGCCCUCAACGAUGACAACUCCCCGUUCCGAAAACUUGGAGAACAAAUAUUUCACAUCGGAGCUAGAGAAACCAUCAUAUACAUGAUAAAAGAACUAUUCCCCGGAAAAUUCCCGUUCCUUAAAUAUUUCGGUCAGUGUGAAAAGUAUCUACUUCACCUGGUGCGAGAGAUUCAGAAAAUGAGAAAUAAUACGCCGUCAGGGAGAAAUGAUUUUGUAGAUAUGUUGCUUGAGAUGAAAAGGAAGGGGAAAAUCGAGGUCGAGUCUAUGGAGAGACAGAAACCAGAUGGCACACCAGAGCGAGUAUCAAUGGAAUUAGACGAUAUGCUGAUGGCUGCUAAUGUGUUCAUGUUCUUCGGAGCUGGUUAUGAAACCUCUGCUAACUCCACCAGCUUUACUCUGCACGCUCUGGCAUAUAACCCAGAUAUACAGAAGAAAGUCCAGCAAGAAAUUGACAUGGUGCUGGCUAAGAAUGAGAACAAACUUAGUUGGGACGCUAUAAAAGAGAUGCAGUAUUUGGAGUGGACUUUCAAGGAGGGUUUGCGUAUGCAGCCGCCUGUGGGACAUAUUGGGAGGACGUGUAAAAAGAAAUACACCUUCGAGGAGUUAGGUUUGACCAUUGAUGAAGGAGUGAGGGUGAGGAUAUCAGUGCAGGCGUUGCACAACGACCCGUUGUACUGGGACAAACCUGAGGAAUUCAGACCAGAAAGGUUCAGCCCGGACGAGUUUAAUGAAACAAGAACAAAAUACAUAUAUUUGCCUUUUGGCACUGGACCGCGAAUCUGUGCUGGCGAACGUCUCGGCAUUAUGCAGUCCCUGGCUGGCUUGGCAGCCAUCUUGUCCAGGUUCACCGUAGAACCAGCUCCUAACUCCACUAGGAAACCUAGAAUAGAUCCGAAAUCCAACCUCACGCAAGGAGUGGUUGGUGGUCUACCGCUCAUCUUCAAGGAGAGAAAGAACUUCCAGACUGUGCCGUUGUUGAUCGAAGAGUUUCCCGCGCGAUCAUUAUAGUCGAUAGAUGGCGCUGUACUUAUAUACUAUGUUCUGCGCUUGAAUUUUGCCGUUGGCAAUGUGUGGAAAGAAGGGAGUGAGUUUUCAGUGUGUGCUAUUGUUAAUUUGACAUGGCUGUGAGAUGUAUGAGUUAGAGAAAAGUAUGGUCCGUUCUAAAAGUCCGUUCUAGUGUGCAUGUUUAUUAAUUUUAUAAGGAUUGAAGCAGGUAUACUGAGAUUAACUCACUCGUAGUUAGCGUAAAACCUCAUAAAGUUGUACUAUAUUAAUUUUGACAAAAAUCAGGGAAAAUGUAUGGAUCUUCUAUUUUAUUUAUAAGUUGUUGAAUUAAGAGUAUAUUAAAAUAUUUUAUGACUAAA